AUGAGCGUGCAUAACAUCUCGAUGAACGCCACCCUGUGCUCCUCCCUAAACCUGGACAGCCUCUACAGGCACUUUGCCAAUUGCAUCUACAACCCUCGAGAGUUCAAGUGCAUGCGGAUUGACGUGCCAGUGAGUACCCGCAGUAUAAGCAAGUACGUCCGGUUCGUCCAGCAGAAGGGGGGGAGGCAAACGGGGGAGACGCAAACGGGGGAGACGCAAACGGGGGAGACGCAAACGGGGGAGACGCAAACGGGGGAGACGCAAACGGGGGAGAAGCCAACGGGGGAGGAGCAAACGGGGGAGAAGCAAACGGGGGAGAAGCCAACGGGGGAGGAGCAGAAGGGGAGCGAAGGAGUUAUUCCCCCCUCUGAUGGGACCAGUGUAGUCACCCCGUCUGCUCCCCCACCAGAUGUUGCAACGACAUGCCAGGUUGUUGAAGCCACCACCUCCCAGGGGGGGGGUAACCCCCCCGAAGAGCACACAGAGGCGAAUGAAAAAGUCAUCAUCAACGUGUCCAUCUUUGCCAAUGGAAAAAUCAUCUGCACGGGGAACAACUCCAUCGAGGCGUGCAAAAUAGCGAUGAAGAAAAUCGAGCGAAAGUUGAAGCAGCUGAAUUUUAAAAACAUAAGCAUAAAGAAUGUCACGAUUACGAACAUCCUGGCGGUCUAUAACGUGGGCUUUUCCAUCGUGCUGCCCCUCUUCGCGCAGUACUACAAAAGUGUGGACUACGACCCCAACGUGUUCCCAGCCUGCAAGGUGAAAAUCGCCCUCACGAGCGACAGCGAGAGGGACACCUCGGAGGCCAGCGAGCAAGCCGAGGGGAACUUCGCCUGGAGCACCCCCAGGAGCACCGCGGAAAGGAGCCGCAGCAAGGUGGACGUGGUCUCGGCCAGCAUAUUCUCCACGGGCAACAUCACCCUCACGGGGGGCAAGAGCUACCAGAACCUGCAGAGGUGCAUCGACAUUCUGUACCCCUACCUGAUCAAGAGCAAGUCCCAGCAUUGA